AUGUCGCAGUCUCCCAAUAAAUGGCACCAAGAAACCAUAGAGUCUCAAAAAUCAAAGAUGGAAAAAACUGUACCGAUUAGUCCACUUCCAUCAGACAUUGCAACUCUCACUUUACCGAAUGGAAAAACAAUUCAACUACCAGUAUACAAGGGGACUAAAGGUCCUCCAAUGAUUGAUAUCACUUAGCUAUAAUCGAAAACCGGAUAUUUUACAUUGGAUCCUGGAUUCUCAUCCACUGGGGCAUGCAUUUCAACCAUGACCUACAUAGAUGGAGAUAAGGGAGAGUUGUUAUAUAGGGGUUAUCCGAUAGAGACUUUGGCGAAAUACUCUUCAUAUAUAGAAGUGUGUUAUUUAUUCAUUUAUGGACAUCUUCCAUCUUAAAAGGAAUUAUCAUUAUUUGAAGAGACUAUGGUGAGUGAGAUGAUGAUAAAUGAGAAACUGAUAGAAUUUUAUAAGGGGUUUGCAACUGAUAGUCAUCCGAUGGCAAUUAUGGUAGGUGUAGUUGGUGCUUUGAGUGCUUUUAUGCACAAAGAUUUUGAUGUCAAUGAUCCAAGGGAUAGAGAAUAGAUAGCCAUCAAAUUAGUAGCAAAGAUGCCUACAUUGGCAGCAUAUGCAUAUAGAACAGCUUUGGGAUUGCCAAUCAUCUAUCCAAACAAAAAGUACUCCUUCAUUGAGAAUUUCUUAUAUAUGAUGUUCUCAACUCCUAUGAAUGAUUUUAAUGUUGACAAAGUGAUUGUUAAAGCUUUAGAUACUAUUUUUAUGUUGCAUGCUGAUCAUGAAUAAAAUGCAUCCACUUCCACUGUCAGAAUAGCUGGAUCUUCUUUGGCAAAUCCUUUUGCAUGUAUUGCUGCUGGAAUUACAGCUUUGUGGGGACCAUAUCAUGGAGGUGCUAAUGAGGCAGUGUUAAAUAUGUUGAAGGAAAUAGGAAACAAGGAAAAUAUACCAAAAUAUCUUCAAAAGGCAAAAUCUAAAGACAACUGUUUUAGAUUGAUGGGAUUCGGACAUAGAGUUUAUAAGAAUUAUGAUCCAAGAGCAAAAGUGAUGUAGGAAAUGUGUUACAGUGUUUUAGAAAAAACUUAAAGAGCAAAUGAUAUUUUAGAGUCAUAGUUGGCCAUUUUAUUGGAAUAAGCUGCUUUGAAAGAUGAUUAUUUCAUCCAAAGGAAAUUGUAUCCAAAUGUGGAUUUCUAUACUGGGAUUGUGUAUGAGGCUUUGAGCAUUCCCACUUCCAUGUUUACUGUCAUGUUUGCUGUGUAAAGGAGUAUUGGUUGGAUUUGUUAGUGGAUGGAGAUGAUGUCGGAGAAGGUGCAGAGAAUUAGUAGACCAAGACAAUUGUAUGUUGGGGAGGAUCAGAGAGAAUAUAUUCCCAUCUAGGAUAGGAAAGAAGAAGAAAAGAGCAGAGUCUGUAAAUUACCUAUGCAUAGCAGCCUAUUCGGACUCGUUAAGGUGUGA